GCGUUGAAAUCGUUCGAGAACUAGGGACGUUAUCUAGACACCAUAAAAAUUCGAUUGGUGUUCUAAUAACCUCCUCCAAUGAGAAUUAUACAAUGCAAGCGAGAAGAGCAGCGAGAAUUUCUGCCCUUACAGACAAGGAAAUAAUUUGCUCGGAUCUAGUAGAUGUAGAGCAUCGACAAAAAGAAAUUCAAAUUCGCAAUUUUCA